UCGGUCCGGAGAAGCUGAAUAUGGGUCAGACCCCUGUGUCUGCUGUGUCUCAGCCCGCGAGCGUUGAUGGGUUGGAGAAAUCUUCAUCACUGGCCAGCUGUGAUGUGUUGGUGGACAGCGCCACCACGACCCAGAAUGCCCCCGCGACACGGCAGCAACGCGGCAAGCUGUCGUCACUAGGAAAACUCUUCAAACCCUGGAAGUGGAGGAAGAAGAAGAGCAGCGACAAGUUCCAGGAUCUCACCAAAGUUCUGGAGAGAAAGAUCUCCACCAGACAAACGAGGGAGGAGCUCAUCAAGAAAGGAGUUAUCAUCGUCGAUAAAGAUGAAACGAUCAGCAGUGAAAGUCUGAAUGGGCACGCCACAUCGAGUGUGACAUCAGAGGAGGUCAAAGUGGACAUUGAGUCUCCAGAAACGGCGCUGGAGGAACAGACCAGCAGCACGGAGGACAAACCAGCCAAAUCCUCCCAUCCAAAGAAGACAGGAUCCACAGCAAAAAACACCUCCAUCUCCACCUCCACCUCCACUUCCACCCCUCGUUCCCGUGGAUCUAAGGACGCUUUAGCACAGACUGAGGGAACCAGCCGGAUAUCAAACACUCCCACCUCUUCCUCGGUACCUCAAAAGGCCCCCGCAGAGACUCCUAGCAAGCCCAGGGAGCUAAAAUCCUCACUCCUUUCCUCAAACCUCAAGCCUGCCUCAUCGAAAGCCUCCGGCAAUGAGAGAGAGGGAACUCCUGCCGCUUCUCAAACAGCUGCAGAGCCGAAAUCUGCUGCCAAGGCCUCCGCUGCGGCCGAGGAGACCCACAAGGGCGCGGCCCCUGGACCCACCGGCCAGUCUGCCCAUAUCAACAGCGCGACAGAGGACACCUCCUUCACAGUGGGAGAGACGGGCAGCGGCUCGCAGGGGGAGAAACGGGGGCGAACGAGACGGGAGGGUGGAGAGGAAGAGAAGAGGAGAGGAGGAACAGAGUCUGCUGCGGAGAACAGCCCGAGGUCUGCAGCGGGCCAGGCGGACAGGCCACCGGGCCACAGCGUGAACACGCAGCAGGCCCUAGUGACGGUGAUCCCCGACAGGCCGAGAGACAGCCAGACGAGCGACUCUGACUCCGACGGACCGAUCCUGUACCGAGAUGAGGAGGAAGACGAGGAGGAGGACGAGUACACAACCAGCGCUCUGGCCAUGAAGAUUCGCCGACGAGACACCCUGAACAUCAAGCUGGGGAACCGUCCCAGCAAGAGAGAGCUGGAGGAGAAAAACAUUCUGCCGCGGAGCUCUGAGACGGAGAGACAUGAGAUACGCCAGCAGAUCGGCUCCAAACUAGUCAGGCGCCUGAGCCAGAGACCGUCCACAGAGGACCUGGAGCAGAGGAACAUCCUCAGGCAUAAGAAUAUAGCAGAGGAGCGAGAAGCCAAGCAAGCGAUUAAGAGGACACUCUCCAGAAAGCUGAGUGUGAGGCCGACGGUGGCAGAGCUCGUAGCUCGCAGGAUUCUGUGUUUUAACGAAUACGUGGAGGUCACUGAUGCCAAAGACUACGACCGGCGGGCAGACAAACCCUGGACCCGGCUCACUCCCGCUGAUAAGGCUGCUAUCCGUAAGGAGCUGAAUGAGUUUAAGAGCCGAGAGAUGGAGGUCCAUGAAGACAGCAAACAGUUUACCAGAUUCCAUCGGCCCUGAGCACUCUCACUGCCAGCUGGACGUCAGCGCCACAAUCUCUCCGGUCCACAGCUUCCAGCAACCCCCAUCCCCCCUGUCCCUCCAGACCCUCAGACCCUCAGACCCUCAGACCCUCAGUACACAGCUCAGUCCAUUUUUCUUUUGGAUCCUCUCACAACCGAUGAAAUACAUUUCUGUCUAUAGUGACAGUAACAGGUGUGUCUUCAGGCCUUGGCCAUCCGUGGGCACCAGUGAAACAUUUGCACAUAUCUAUAGUCAGGACAGUGGUGUGUAUAGCACUCUGAUUAUAUUAUUUAUUGUAGAUGGCCAGAACAUACUGGUCUGUGAUGUUUUUUUGUUUUUGUUGUUUUGGUUCAUUUCAUCAUAGAGAGGCUCCAGGGAGGAAGAAAGUGGGCAAAAAGACAUUUUUAGUACCGUGAAUGUGACUCAGCUGUAGUAAAGAGUUUGUGUCAAUAUGCCUUGUUAUAAACUGCCAAAUGUCCAUAUAUGGGCAUCCUCUGAGAACAGGAAAUGGCAGUGAUUGGA